CCUUAUAUGACUUUAAAUCCCCCACUGUUAUUUGGAGUCUUCUCAUUAAAAUUUAUCUAUACAAAAAGAGAGGGACAUAAAAUACACGCAGAGUGAAUUUUUCGUUAUCAUCGAACGAACGAGCUUCUCAACAAUGUCACUUGAUCAGGAUUUUGAAGCCGCAGCUGAGGCUAUAAAACACAUUUCUCAAAGACCAAGUGAUGAAGAACUUUUGGAACUUUAUGCUCUUUUUAAACAAGCAACAGUUGGUGAUGUUAAUACACCACGACCUGGAAUGAUGGACUUGAAAGGCAAAGCAAAAUGGGAUUUUUGGAAUAAAAAAAAGGGUAUGUCUAAAGAUACAGCAAAACAACAAUAUAUUGCCUUUGUCGACAAACUUAUUGAAAAAUAUAAGUAAAUAUGUAAUUAAGAAAAAAUAUCUAAUAAAAUUAAUUAUAGAAAUUAUUAAAAUAUCGUUAAAAAAGU